AUGUUUAUACUUCAAUUAAUCGGGGCCUUAAUUGUGCUCAUCAUUGAAACCUUUAAUCGAAUGGAAUUAAAAUAAUCUCUCCUCUACUUCUACUAUCGUUAUGGCACCAGUCUUAGAGAACCUACUAAUGAUUAAAUACAGAUCGAAAAUUAGCACACUCUAAUCUACCAAAUCAAGGCCCAUUUUUAACAAAUUCGCCAGUUUGAUAAUGAAUGCAAUUAUCUUAAAUACUUACAAGAUGAAGCAACCCUUUUUUAGUAUCAAAUAGACUGUGCAAUAGACACACAUCUCCACAAUAAUCUGAUUUACAUUAUUGACUACAACAAUUGUACUAGUACAUUACUUAAACAGUUUUGAGUGUAUAUUAAAUAGAUGCCGAAGAAAUCUUAGAUGUAGAGUAUUAUGGAUUCAAUAAAUGGAUAUCAAUAAAACUCAUAUUCCAAACCAUCUAUUUAGGAGAGUAUUACAAAUCCUAAGUGAUGGAUCAAAUCCUCUUUAUGACUACCAUACACUCUAUGAAUAUGAUCCAUUACGUAUAUAAAGAUGGAUCUAUAAGCAAAUUUGAAUCUCUUUAAUAAGACCGAAUUAUAAACUUUUAUUCAUCUAACAAGUAGUUACUCAUUAUCAGUAAUACAUACGACAUUCAAUAUAUUUCAGUGAUGAAGUAAUUGAUCAUCUAAUUCUAGCUAUAUUAAACAGCAAGACGUUCCAUUUUUUACGACCUUUCAUCUCUUUCACAAGGGACAGUAUGUUAUUAACAUCCCAUUUGAAAGUUCCUAGAAUAAAUCCAGAGAUAUUAUCAAUUUAAUCAUUAUUAUUUUAGAUGAAUUUCAAUAACAAAUCAAAAUAUCCAUCAUCCAUUACUAAAUGUCAGUCUUCUCCGGAUUUGGCUCAUCAAGUACAAUCUAUCAGGAUGAAAUAACAAACAUUGUAAUUUAUUCCAAACCUAUUUAGUAUGAUUCAUCAUUCAAAUCUAACUGGAAAGAAUACAUUAAAUACGACACUAUUGAAGAUCACUUGUAUAUUAUUUAUGGUACUCAACAUUACUUUAUACGUCCUUACCAAUUCUCAUACGAGAGAUACGAAGUUAUUAAAUUGAAUUGUUUGACCAAAGAAAUAGGCAUCAAAAACAAAAUUGUCAAACUCAAACUACAAGGUUAUAAUCUUCUAGUUCAAACAUAUAAUUACUUAAGCGAUUCUAAUUAGUUCUAUUAUCUUAAUCUAUCUAUUGUGUAAAACAAUCGAGAGCAAUAAUAAUCAAUUUGUAUCUUAUUAUCUCAAAUUUUAGAGUUUUUAAAAGUAGAAGACAAUAGAUAAUGCAUCCAUAAAAAUGCCAUACUUGAUUUUGUCAUACUGAAUCAAAAAUUCUAUUCAGAAAUUAUGGUACUCCUUCAAUCAGGGGAUAUUGUUAUUGGACAAUUACAUUAUCCAAUUUAUUAAUAGAUUAUUGAAUGGAUUAUUGGAUCAGAGUCUGAUUUUGAAGACAUCAGUAGCAUUCGAACAUCCAAAAUGUGGAUAUUUAUUACAGUAGGUUUGAUAAUUGUGAAACUGGGCCAUCAUUUGUAUAAUUUUAUUUGAC